AUGGUUGCAAGUACUCCUGGUGGCGCCAGCCAUAGUACCCCAGUUGUACAAGCGCCAGAAACCAGCAGGGUGGAAGAUGCCAGACAAAGUAUCACCACUCUGCAAAUAGUCAAAAAUAGCACCGGUAGUGCCUGCCGUAGUACUCCGGACGAGCAGCCAACAACCAGCAAAUCGGCGGCCGUUGCAGGCAGCAACCCCGCCUCUAAGAAAAGAAAACCCUCGGGCGUGGUCAUGAGACAGAUGUACCAGAAGGCGCUGUAUAUGUUAAAUAAAAUUGACAAAAAUGCAGCGGCCGGUACGGUACAUGAGCGUGACGAGGAAGACAAGGCAAAAUACAGGCAAAUAGUGGAAGAGUACGAAAAGUUACAGGCAGAUCGUGCAGCCACAAUCGAGGCCACCGAAGCGAAGAAGCGGAACCGCUCUCAUAACGAAGGCGGCCAAGGGGCCAUCGCAAAGAAGGCUAAGCAAGGUGGUGAUGCGGAGUCCGCAGCACCCGCGAAGCAUCGCUAUUUUAGUGACGUCGCCAGAGAUCAUCUACAGGCGGCGAUAAUAGAUGAAAAUAGCAAGACACCGCUAGCAGUGCAGCAAAAAUGGGUGGAGAUUGAUGUGAGGCUGUCGAGCCUCGUAAUGAACCACGUACUCGACAACCCCGAAGGUCCUCACCCAGAGUUCGACUCGUCGGAAUCCCUACGGGGAUACCGGGUAGUCAAGUGCGCGAACCAGUUCUCCCUGGAUUUCCUUGCUGGAUGCGUCGCUAAGAUCAGCGACACUUUUGUCGGCUUGAAGCUCAAGCUGAUCCCAGCUAAGGACAUUCCAAGGAGACCACGUGCGCGCAUUUGGCUGCCUCCGAUGGAUGAACCAGCGAAAAAGUCACUAGACGCCUUAGAGAAGGCUGACUAUCGGCUCUGCUUCGGUAUCCGUAAGGCUAGAGUGCGGGUAUUCCUCAGAGAGGUUAGCCCGGUAGAAGAAGAUCCCGGGGUUGAUGGAGCUGGUGAGCUUCUCAUGGGUGUGAAGCUGACAGAUGACCCUGAACCGGAAACUUAA